GCCAUGAUGUUCCCAACAGCUGACAGACGGUGAAAGCCACUGUCGGAGACUCGUCGGUGGCCUGGACGGACUGGAAAUACGAACCGAGCGCUGCUGGACUGGACCGCGCCGCGACCUGCAGCUGCCGUCGAGCAUCUCGUUUUGUUUUUAAAAAAUAUAGAUAUAGAUAGAUAGAUACUCAGAGUUUUUCAUUCUCUCCGCGCCGGGAGCUGGGGACAUCUUGGUGUCAGCUAACUUCCACGAUAGGUGGCCGCGCGUCGCCUCGACGGGCUGCAUGUGUCGUAUCUGAGCUUAGCCUCUUGACUCCAGCCCCCCCAGCCGAGCCCGAUGCUGAGGAAUGGAUAGUGUGUCUGUUAACGGUGGGAAGAUGGUCCAGAGCGACGAGCAGCCGGAGAGGGACGGCGGCGGCGGCGGCGGCGGCGCAGCGAUGGCCGCACUCCAUCAAUGCGAACUCAUCCAGAAUAUGAUUGAUAUCUCCAUCUCCAGCUUGCAAGGGCUGCGGACCAAGUGCGCCGCGUCCAACGACCUCACGCAGCAGGAGAUACGCACUUUGGAGGUGAAGCUGAUGAAAUACAUCUGUAAGCAGCUGCAGUGCAAGCAGAAAGUGCCGGAGACGGAGAGGCCCGAGCCCCUGGACAGCUACCCACACCUACGGGAUUGGCUGCGCACCAUCAACCUGCGACCGGAGCUCAUCGAGGUGGUGGAGGCAAAGUUGUCCCUGGAUGCCUUGCUGCAGAUGACGGGUGCUCAGGUUAGGGACACGAUGCGAAGACUGGGGUCCAGUUCAGAGGAAUGUGCCAGAAUCAGUGCUGCCCUCUCCUGUCUGAAGAGUGCCACUGAAUCAGGAGGUGAACUGAGGGAGGACGGCGGUCCGUGGCUGUCUGAGCCCACCAGGAGGGACAGUGGCUCUCUACUGACUGCCGACCAGCUAAGCGGCCUGGGCACUCCCCUCCGCCCUCACAGCCCCUCGCCUCUGGCACGGCCAUCCGCCAUCCAGUCCACCCCGUCCACGCCCUGCGCCACUUUCCCUCAUCCCCGCUCGGGCUCGAUGUCGGCGGCGCCCACGCCCGAGGCGCUGGCGUCGUACCUCCACAGCGAAAGCCCCCUCACGGAUCCAUUCCCCAUGUCCUUAGCUCGCGCGGCUCGCCUUCACGGACACACUUCCACCCCGCCCAUAACUCCGCCUUCGAAGAGGCGUCACCGCCUGAAGCCCCCCUGCACUCCUCCGCCGCCCUCCCGCAAAGUGCUGCAUCUGCUCCCUAACAUCACGCUGACGCGCAGCAAAAGCCACGAGUCCCAGCUGGGCAACCGCAUCGAAGACCCUCCCACCAACAAGUGUGUCCGAAAGAAUAAGUUGUUCCUAAAUAUGCAAGUCAACGGGAACGGGUGCGAGGACCUGCCCUCUCGCUACCCCACCAUAUCUGCGCGUACUCCCGGGCUCCCCCCAGCCGCCACCACGGCACCGUACACGCUGCCCGGCACGCCCACGCUGCUGGAAGAGCACUGCACCAUUAAGAAUAACGUAGCAGGUCAUCGCAGCUCCCCACAAGCAGUGAGGAGGGACAUCGGCCUCGCAGUCACACACAGGUUUUCGACCAGGUCUUGGCUGUCCCAGACAUGCCAGGUGUGCCAGAAGAACAUGAUGUUUGGGGUGAAGUGCAAACACUGUCGGUUAAAGUGCCACAACAAAUGCACAAAGGAAGCUCCAUCCUGCAGAAUCUCCUUUCUACCAAUUGCCAAAAUUCGGAGGACCGAGUCCGUUCCGUCUGAUAUAAACAACCCUGUGGAUCGGCCGGCAGAAGCACCGCAGUUUGGCACACUGCCGAAAGCCAUCACAAAAAAGGACCAUCCUCCAGUGCUCAACCAGCUGGACUCCAGUAGCAAUCCGUCCUCCACCACCUCAUCCACGCCUUCCUCCCCAGCACCCUUCCAGCAGAGCAACCCGCCCAGCGCCACUCCGCCGCCCAACCCCUCGCCCAAGGGUCACCGGGACAGUCGCUUCAACUUCCCAGCUGCCUGUUACUUUCAGCAUAGACAGCAGUUUAUCUUCCCUGAUGUCUCCAGUCCUGCUCAUUUGCACUCUGACGUCCUGCAAGACACCGUAUGUGAGAUAGAGCAAUCGGCAGAUGACGCGCACGCCGAGCUGGUCGAAGAUGAAGAUGAAGAGGAAGUAGAGGAGGAAAUCGAUGUUGAAGAUGAAGAAGCAGAGGAGGAGAACGAAGAAGAGGACGAGGAGGAGGAAGACGAAGGAGAGGACGAGGACGACGGGGACGACAUCCGUAUGAACAUGGGCUCGGACGGGGAGUUGGACGGCGACGAGCUGGAAGAUCUGCCCAGCUCUCGGGGGAACCAGUGGAAGGGCCCCAUCUCCCGCAAGGCGAGUCAGACCAGCGUCUACCUUCAGGAGUGGGACAUCCCCUUUGAGCAGCUGGACCUGGGAGAACUCAUAGGAAAGGGCCGCUGGGGCAAAGUGCACAAGGGCCGGUGGCACGGCGAGGUGGCGAUCCGGCUUCUCGAGAUCGACGGGAACAACCAGGACCAUUUGAAGCUCUUCAAGAAGGAGGUGAUGAACUACAGACAGACGAGGCACGAGAACGUGGUCCUCUUCAUGGGGGCCUGCAUGGCUCCGCCCCACCUCGCCAUCAUCACCAGUUUCUGUAAAGGAAGGACACUGUACUCGGUGGUUAGAGACACUAAAAACACGUUGGAUAUCAAUAAAACAAGACAAAUCGCUCAGGAGAUUGUAAAGGGAAUGGGCUACCUGCACGCUAAAGGCAUCGUUCACAAAGAUCUGAAGUCGAAGAACGUUUUUCACGAUACCAAUAAAGUCGUGAUCACAGACUUCGGGCUGUUCGGGAUCUCGGGAGUCGUUCAGGAGGGGAGGCGUGAGAAUAAACUUAAACUUCCACAUGGCUGGAUUUGCUAUCUCGCGCCAGAGAUUGUGCGCCGGAUGAGCCCAGGUAACAACGAGGACCGCCUUCCCUUCUCCACCUCAGCAGAUGUGUACGCCUUUGGCACCAUUUGGUAUGAGCUUCAAGCUCGGGACUGGCCCAUCACCAACCAGCAUGUGGAAGCUACCAUCUGGCAGGUGGGGAGUGGAGAGGGCAUCAAGAAGGUCUUGGCCGAGAUCAGCCUGGGCAAGGAGGUCACUGAGAUUCUGUCCGCCUGCUGGGCGUACGACCUGAGGGAGAGGCCCACCUUCACCCUGCUGGCCGACAUGCUGGAGAAGUUGCCCAAACUCAACCGCAGGCUCUCCCACCCGGGACACUUCUGGAAGUCUGCAGAGUUGUAGCAGUCGCACUGAAACAUAGGCGAUGCACAACAAAGCCUGGGUCUGCCUUGCAUGCUCCUGAGUCCUUAACUCUCACAGGAUUGAUCAAAGCAUUGCCUCUGCCUGACACAGACACUGCUUCCACUAAUCCACAGUCUGAUCUUCCGUGUCUAACCGUAGCGUUUUCUUGUUGAGAAGAGAGGUUCGGUGGACCGAGGCUUUCGGCAUGGCCGUGCCAACCGCGUCCAUCCUCCACGCUUUUCCGCCUUUUUUCCGUCUAAUAAUCUCUUCGCCUUCCCUUUCGGUUUUGCUCUGUAAUGUUGUCUGGGACUCUGAGGCUUGUGAAUGACUGGCUCGUGGUGUCUGUGCUGAGACUGACUGGCCUGUGCUCGCUGAUGGCUGCCCUGUCCUCCGGCCUGCUCACCUUCUCUUGUGCUGCACUGCUGUGAUGUGGUUUGUUCUCGCCGGGGGGGGGGUGGCCCUGAACACACGGUUCUUUUUCUCUCUAAAAAAACCCCACACACAGCGGGACGUAAAGUGAACCCCGCCAACCAAGUGGACCACUUCAUUUGUCUAUGUUUUCCCUGAGGGGUGGGACACGCGUCUGACAGGAUUGAGUUAUGUUCUCCAGAAGCAAACCGCCGCUCCGCUCCUCUGCCUCGAUCUCUUUUUAACAGCUGUGUGACGGCAUGUGCUGCGUGAUGUCCACCUGCCCACGUCUAGACACAAUAUGCACUUUGUCAACAGGAGAAAAUACUCAUAAUCUUUUUUUGUUGUUGUUGUUUAGUUUGGUUUAGAGUAGUAAUAUUUGUAGUGUUUUUCUUUUAUACCCCAUCGAGGCUCUCAGAGGCCAGGACGGGGCGACAUGCUCUCCUGUAUGUCAUCUUGACGGAGAAUAACCUGUUAAAUUCACACAUUUUAUAAAACAGGGCACUGAUGAAGACGCUAGGCGCCAGUCGAAAUGAAAAAAGAAACGGGUGAAAUAUUCCCUCCAUCAUUUCACAAUCCACACGGGAAUAGAAUAAUGCUGGCUAUUUAUGAUUAAAGACUCUUUCUUUUUUUUUAUAAUAGUGUCCAUCCAUUGAAGUGUAAAGUGCACUUUAUAAGAACAUGAGCUCCUUUGAAAGGGCCUUUCUUUCAAGGAGUCGAGUGAUUUCAGUCUGCGCAAAAAAAAAAAAAGAUAUAUCAGGAAACGUGGCGCAAAAGUGUCCUAUAUCUUCCUAGAACAUUACCUCUUGUGCGCGCUUGUGCAUACUGUUUGUGAUUGCUGGCUUCAGUUGGUGUGCUUGUAUUUAUGUUUAUUCGUGUGUGUGCGUGCGUGUGUGUGUGUACUGUGUUGGAAUACGUAGGGUUGGUCUUCGUGAAAGGGUGCAGUAAACGUUGUGUUGCAAAUCCAAUGGUGUGUGAUGUACAUACAUUAUUUAAUGUACAGCAAAUUAACACGAUCCUUCUAAUAUUUGUACAAACAUUUUAUAUGUGAGCGACGUCACACUUUUAAAUAGGUACUGCUAUGGCUAUUACAGAUGUGUAUAUAUUUAUAUUUUUUUCAUGUAUAAAGUACUGUACAUAAACAGCUGUACAAUUUUUAGAAUGGGCCAAUACGUGUUUUUUAUGUUCCUGUACAAAUUCAUAUUUUUGUAUUGCAUGUGACUUACCAUUCUGUACACACAGUUUCUGUUUUCAUCCAUGGAAGACAAUAAAAAUGAGGCUUGUCAUGUCA